AUGCGCUCAUUUAAGCGGCGCAUAGACUAUGCGGGAAUCACACGGAUCGCAGGAAUAGCAGGAAUCAUCUGGAAUAGUGUGGCCGAUCCCGACAACACCGACAACACCGCGAACACGGCGAACACCGCGAACUUAUGGCCGACGCCUAACAAUGUAUUUUGCAGUUCACUGUGUCGAGUGAUGUCCAUUCAACCAUUCGUUGUGAAUAUCGAUUUUUUAGCAAAUCGCUGCCGAGGUGUUGAACCGCUAAAUGCGCUUGGUCUGCAACAAGCUUGCCGCGCUAGAGGUAUGCGUGCCAUCGGUUUGAGUGAAGAGCGGUUGAGAGAACAGAAAGUUGUGCUGGCCGAAGGAGAGAAAGAACGUGUUGCCGUAGAAGAGAUAGCAUCGACGUCUACGGACAUUGCUAAAACGUCAGCAGAAGCGAUUCAAGCGGCGAAGGUUCUGCCCUCUGCAACUUCUUUCGAUGACAAAAUUCCAUGUGACUUUGGAACAUUGGGGGUUCAUCCUCUUGAAGCGGAAUGGGCGAAUGCAUUUUUGGGAAUGUUUCGUGACAUGAAGAACAGCAAAAACAUAGAAUGGAACUGCUUAAUAGAGUUUCGUGCUGAUUCAACUGCCGACUAUGUAACUAGAAUGCGAAACGCAGGAGAGAAGAAUGGGGAUGUUGAGUUAUCUGGAGAGGAAGUGUACAACAAGACAGCUCAUACCGACACAGUGGAGCUCAGAUUAUGGUUCAGAAGUGGUCAAAGCCAGCAACCAGCACUCGUCGCAUGGUAUGCCUUGAUGGAUUGGGGCAACAUUCUUGGAAAGGACGUAGCAAUAGGAAAUGGCUCAAUCCACUGGCAGCAGCGCGCUACUCCAGCAUCUGCAAUCAACGGCAAAGCAAAUGGCCCUUGA